AGAUUGGAAGAUGGCUGGCACGAAAAUAUUAAUCGUUAUUUUCGUUAUCAUGUUCCCAGUCGCGAUGAUAGCAGAGGAAGGUGUAAAUCAUGGAGGUAAUAACUAACAACUACUACAUCACUAACAAAUUUAAUUGCACACCUGCGGAUUGUCGCCAUUUUAUUUCAGCGUCCUGUCUACUCUGCUUCAUGUACAGAAAGCCGCUUAAAAUUUUCAUUUUUACACUUUACCUAAAACAUCAUUCCGAGGAUUUAUUCACCAUAGUUUUUACAUCGUCCAUAAAAUUUGCAUUAGAAUUGUUUUCAGUUUUUCCUUGGAGUAAGCGGUCUUCAUAAGAGAAAUUGAAGACAAUUUACUGAUGCAAUUUUUUUUUGGGGGGGGGGGUAAACGAGAUGUUUUACGGGCGAUGUAAAAAUGGUGAAUAUGUUAACAACUUAAUUCUUAUAUUUGUUUUAUUAUUAUUUUUUAAUUUUACACUUCAAAAAUGUGCUAUCAACAUUUGGCAAGAUUUCUUUCGUUCAGAGUCCUUUCAGGAAUUGCUUUGCGCUAUUUUUUUUUUUCUCCAAUGGAUUUGACACACAUUUGCUAUAUACAGUCAACUCUCCCUUAACAAACACCUCUUUAAGACGGACAACUCUCUGGUGGUAGCGCCUGUCAUUGUCCAUUCAUUUGACUGUAACUACCCUUACGAAAUGAGACACUAUCUUUUUUCUAUCUUAAAGCUAGUUAAUGAAACUAUCAACAAGCUAUCUUGUUUCUAGUUUAUUCCUAUCUUCAUGCCCUGUGUGCCACUAAUAACUAAUUACUAUCUUAAGCCUAUCUUAAUAAUAACUAAUUUCUAGUUAUUUGGAACCAUGCAGAUAGGCUAUCUAAAUACUAUCUUAAAAAGGAAAUUUUUGCAUCGCUGCAAUAGUUAGCUUUUGGAUACACAUAAGAUAGAGUAAAACUAGCUUUUUAUCGGCUAAGAAGCUAGUUUUCGGAUACGUUUUUGCCAAUAAUGACAUCAUUGACAUAGUUAGAAACUAGUCAUUAGAUAGAAGUUAACUAGCAAUUUACAUGUAUUAAUGGCACGAUAGAUAGCAAUAAACUAGACAUAAACUAGUUGAACGAUAGUGUUCGGAUAGCUUUAAACUAGAUGUCUGGUAGCUAAAAGCUAGUGUUUGGAUAGCUUUAAAGCAGAUGUCUGAUAACUAAAAACUAGUCUUUGUAUAGCAAUAAACUAGAUGUAUGAUAUCUAAAAACUAGUGUUUGGAUAGCAAUAAAAUAGAUGUCUAAUAAUUAAAAACUAGUGUUUGGAUAGCAAUAAACUAGAUGUAUGAUAUCUAAAAACUAGUGUUUGGAUAGCAAUAAAAUAGAUGUCUAAUAACUAAAAACUAGUGUUUGGAUAGCAAUAAACUAGAUGUCUGGUAGUUAUUGGAUAGCAUUUAACUUAGUUUUUUGAUUAGCUAGAGUGGUUGCACGGAUAAGAAUUAGAUAGACGCGGCGUAAUAAGUUGAUCAAUCUUAGUGACAUGCCAUAGUUUUAACUUAAACCUUUUAAAAAUAUAAUAAACAGUACAUUUUUAAACACGAUAAUGCAAGUCAUAUAUGUUGCCUGUAGCCUAUAGCAAAGGAUUCCAUUUUCAUUAAUAAUGAUUUAUUAGUUCCAUCACAAGCUGUUCAAAGUUCACAUCAAAUUUGAUACAACUUUAGUAUUUAUAAUAAUUUAUAUAAGAACUCAGCUGCAUGUCUGCGCCACUUCCUAAUUUAUCCACAACACCUUCUUUACAUUGGAAAGCUUUGAUCCACUUGCCUGUCCCUUUUGCUCUGCAAAGAAGACAUAAAUAUUAAAGGUCAACAAUUUGCCAAUUAUAAGAAUAAAGUUAUUCCAUUAAAGAGUUCUUUAUGGUAUUAAUUGUUUUUAAAUUUAUCGGCCACUACUUGAAUAUCGCGGAUCUAUUCAAGAGGAGCCAUAAACCCGAUGUGUCCUUAGACUGGUUUCUCUUUACAUGUGUAAUACAGAAGAACAAUUAUAGCUAGCCAUGAAAGAAAAUAAAUUUAACCGUCUAAAACCAAACACAAACAACUUUUACUUAAUUGUUUACAGUAAGACAAUUCCGUGCUUCCAAAUAUUUGUUUAUCUUAUCUUAGCGGAAAAGGCGGCGCAUUCCAGUAGCACCGGCCAAGACUUUUAGAAAAAACCACAAGUUAAGCUCCGGAAACUUGAGGGUCACGUCACAUCGAUGGUUUUUUCAUUCAAAAAAGUAAAGAAACAGUAAAGUAAGGAAUUAUAAAAUACGCUUAUAAAAAAAUUUAUCAGUCACUGAAUGGAACAAUAACCACCAAGCUUAUUUAACUUAACCCUUUUUUUCGAUCAUCAUCAGCCAAAAAACCUCUUGAUAAUAACUGACAAACGGUCUGUGACAAUCUUCUUAAAAAAAUCCUACUUAAUAUCAUUCACGGAUAGUUGCGCUAAAGAAUACGUUUCCCAUAGGACUUUCAAAAGUGAACAAACUAUAACUGGCAUUCUUAGCGCUGACAAGCUUGAUCAGGAGUUAAACUAUAAGGUCAGUGUGCUGUUUGACUUGGCUCCCAGUUGUACUGAAUGUCACACUAAACGUUGGUACCGCUUCUUCAAGAAAAAUUUAAAACGAACAAGAACCCACACAUUACGACUAAAGCAAUAGAAGGUGAAUUAUACACAAACCUUAAAGAAAUGAGUAAAUCCUUUCAGUUUGAUAUCCUCUAUCCACGAUGAUUACACCUUCGUUCAACCGACCCACGACUUCAACGGUUACUUCAACGGCCGAAGAUCGAAUGAAAGGCGAUUGUGUUUUCGCGCGAUUUUUUAAUUGACCGAAGACCCGGAUGAAAGGCAGUCAACGGUAUUUCCGUUGUCACGUACCGCACCAGAGAGUCAACUACUGCUUGUUUGCGCUCAUCACGCUUAAGUAAUGGUCCGCGUAAGAACUAGGCAGGCAGAACGCAAAAUCGAUUAAAAGGUGUAAACUUUUAAUUUUUAAUUUCAAUUAAAUGGUGCGUUCUGAUUGGCUGAAAUCCAAAAAUCGACGAAAAAACAAAGAAAAACGUGACAAAAACAACUUUUUUUAGCUUUAUUUUCCCCAUUCUCCUGUCUUUUACCUCACGGCCAAGUUUAAGCAUUGUUCUGUGCGCCAAUCAAAAGUUAGAGCGGAAAACGUGCAACGCGCGCGUGACCUUGUUGUGAACCAUCUUGGAUGCGAUAUUCGAGAUGUGAGGAAAUUUGUCUUUUACCCGAAGAAUGUCGUCAAUUUCAUGGCUGAAAUAUACAUAUUUCCCUUUAUCGAUUGUUUAUUGCUUUUAUUCAAUGUAUUUUAUCAUCGGAGGGAUCGUGAAAUUCCUACUGCAGCAGCGUUUGCAGCUGUCCUCAACAUGUCGUCGAGUGGCCAUGUGGACAAGUAGGACCGAAGCACUUGUUUAUAAGUAUGUUGUCAGGAGGAGAUCGCUUUGAUUCAGUGAUGAUUCAGAGUAAUUGUGGAGAAUAGCUGGGCACAAAGAGUGGAAGCGAUAGAUUUGUUCUUUAUACAGAAAUAAAUUAAAUUUCUUAAAGCGAUGUGAAGCCGCCAGAUUUGAGCUUGAGGUAAGCUGAACCCAAUAAAUUUUCGCAUCACCCAUGAUGUGACUGUGUAGUUAUUUUGUUCUUUUCGAAACAUCAGAAUUCUGUGUAUCUUUACUCUUCUAUGAUUCGAUUUUUUUUCAUUCUAGGUUGUUUCGUCGAGCGAACGAAUUGAAAUUUGUGAUUGUAAUUUCGCAACAGUUGUAAGACGGCAGCCGCUUAGUUAUCAUAUGUAAUACAAAUGUAGCUCUCACUAGUUUUGAGUGUUACCCGGUAGGAAAGAUAAUGCAAAUUUGACUGUAACUGUUGCCUUUACUUUUUCUAAGAAUGAAAGUAGGUUUUGCGGAGAUAUUUAGGCUAAAAAUAUAUCUACCAUGUAAGACUGUGAAGAGAGCUUCUUCUGAAACCGAAUUCUCCGAACAUCCAUGAAUUUUUUUCUGUAUGGACAAUCGUCUAUUUAUUCAAAUGCGGGCCAUUAGGAUAAUCCUCCGACAUGAUUUUAUGAAAUUGUUGUUCUUUAUGCUGGCAAAAUAAAAACACGCAGCUUUGGCGCCUUUGCCAUGUGAGCUUGAAUUACUCCUGUUUCCGAUCACGAUUUUGACAUUUCCUUUGUGAGAACCGAAGGAGCUGUCUUUCGGAGGUCGCCGAUUGAUGUAUUCCUGUGCCAUUUUCAUGUAAUUUUAUAUCAGUUUAACUUUGCUCGGGUUUGGCGCAUAGAAAUCCUCUAAAUUUUAGAUAUGUUAUAGUUUUCAACAUAUCAGAGCAGUAGACAAAAUAAAAAAUUGUUUGAAUGACUCUUUUGCUAUCUUAAUUUAUUUCUAAAAUUCAAAUUUCGCGCUUUUCGCCCUAUUGACCAAUCAGAGCAUUCAAAUUUAAUUUGAUUAGAGAAAUUAGCACCUAAAAAAUAACUGCCGCUAUUGCACUGGCCUAUUGUUCUUUUGCCUAGUUCUUACACGGACCAUUACUUAAAGAUAUCAGUUAUGAAUCCAAAAAGUAACAAAAUGGCUGAGAAAAAGGAAAAGUUCGGUUAUGAAGGACAGUACAAGCGGAGAAAAAAAUUCCGAAAAGGUAUAUGAUAUCGUGGAGUUAAAGAGAUUUCGCAUUCGUGUCAUCGAUUCGACGUAGACUGAGGAAUGCUGGCGAACUCGAUCCUCAGGCAUCCUCUUCUUGUACUGGAAUAUUUCUAUUUUCAGCCUAAAGAAAGCGGUUCACCUUCAUCAUCUGCGAUCACAAAAGGGAGAUUCAGGUAUUUUGAAAAAACAGGCCUUCUUAAAAUGAGUCAGACGCGAUUGAUCAAGAUUGAUAUUGCAGUAACAGUAUUAUCGUGUCGUGUGGAAGGUAAUCGAGCUUGGCACGAUAAUUAAUUAUUACAGUCCUCCAACACACAACUGAGCACAACGCUUUUUAAAGAAAAAUUUUCGCAAAUGGCUGUUCAAUAUUACAAGGUACUGUUGGUACACAUGUAGGAAACUGAAACGAAAAAAGAAAUAAUCAAAGCAAGCCUUCAUCGAGAAAUUGUGGUGUGGAUGAUGUGAUUCUCUGUGACUUUAGAAUUAAAUGGUUUUGUGAAGCACUAAUAUAUAAAAGCGUCUCAGUCUUACAUUAAGUUUAAAAUACAGUGCAAGUCUUGAUUAAUCGAGCUUUCUGUGUAUAAAAUAAGUGAGCAUUGCCAGCUAGCUGACUAAUCGUGACAAAUUAUUAUUGAUAGAAUUUACAAUAAUUUGCUAUAGAAAUGGUCGGCUUAAUAAGGAUACCCUAUGUUAUUACAGUACUAUUUGCCGACUUUGAGAAGUGCCAUAUUAUAGUUAAUAUUGGUAGGUUUGAGCCUAUCUUUUCACUACCUAUGUUCAAGAUAGUUUUAAGACAGGUUAUAAAGUGUUUCAUGAGAAACAGAUAGCUUUUAAAUAGCCUAACUUUUCACUAUCUUUUCCAAGAUAGCUUUUGGAUAGUAUAUUAAAUGGCUUUAUGGACAAUGGAUAGAUUUAAGAUAGGCUAUCUUUUUACUAUCUACCACUAAGUUAGUACUAAGAUAGCAGAGAGUUUAACUUUACAAAAUGAAAAUAGAAAUCAGAUAGCCUAGCUUUUAACUAACUCCAGUGAAGAUAGUUUUCAGAUAGCUGAGAUAGUAGUUGGUUAGGCUAUCUUUUUGCUAUCUACAUAGGUAGUUAGUUUUAAGAUACUCUAUCUAUCUCCUAACUACCUGGCAGAUAUAUAAUAGUUAGCACAAAACUAGGACAGAGAUAGCUAUGCACUAUCCGCUCAAACUCUAAAAUAGCAAAAAGAUAGCGAGUUUUGUUGAGGAACUAGAUUUUAGAUAGUUGAAACUAGUUUUAAGAUAGCAACAAGAAGACGCCCGAAGGCGUUUACGCGGGAUUUGUGGGUUUAAGAAAGAAUUACGGGUAUGUUGGAUGGCAAUGGAAAGUUGUGUAGUGUAUGUAACAAAUUUGUGCGGGAGAGACGGAGAUGUUCUGUUAAGGACUAAUACACUAGAAGAUGAGUGACACACAAGGGUUCCUUUGCUACUCAAAACAAAACUUACGUCAAUAUUACCACCAUAUAUCUUAGUAGUAUGGGGUAGUUCACUAAAAUUUGCAUUCCUUUACUAAUGUCCUCAAAAAAUGCGCUUCCACAUUUAACAAUAGCAUGUAAUGUAUCAUACUUCCAAUCACUACAGGGAUUCAAGUAAGUGCUCUAGGGAAAACUUCAGGGAGCCCUUUGGGCUCCCCAAGCAUUUUUAGCUGUGGUGCCCGGGCCUCCAAGUUGGUUGCCCAAAUUAAUAAAUGAAUGAGCUGUUAGUUAUCAAAAAUUAAACAAAUUAUUUUCAUAACAAGUCAAGCAGAAGUCUGUGAAUAUUUUUUUCAUGAAAAAUCACAUCCCUUUGACCUCCUGAAAAAAAAAACCGGCACGUUGUCAUAUGAAAGUAAGUUUUCGCGCCAUAUGAGAAACAUGGACAACGCCGCCGAACAUUUCAUGUUUUGUAAAUGGCAAAGUAAAUUUGGGGUCAAAAAUAAGGGCACUAUUCUUUUUACUAAUCAUUUUGAUUUAGGUUGAAAAGAAAAUUCGCUUAUUAAGAUUGACUGAGAUCCCGUGGAGCUUUCCAGGAAAACUGUUAUGAUUUCAACGAAACCGCGGCGCCCCCGGGGGUUACUUGCGUUAAUUUUUGCUGGGUAUGUGCCGCUGGCCUCUCAGAGCCCCUACCCCAUUAUAGUCUUUUCUGUGGCCAAUUGUAGACUCCACGUAAGUCACUCUUGGGCAAAUAUGUAAUUUUUGCGAUCCCAACUUAGUCACUUUCUAUUUACGUAUCUAACUUAUCAAUCCUUUAAAUAGGUCAUCAAAAAAUGAAUUGACCCAUUUUUUUAAUAAAUUGAAUGAAGAACACUUUACUUUUCACCUACAGUACAAAUAUCCUGAUACGUUUGCUAACCGUAAAUAUGAACAGCUCUCUUACCCCAAAAAUCCGAAAAUGUGCGACUCCAUCCUAGUAACUCUUUUGAAAAUGCAACGCCAUUAAUAGUCAAUCCAGUCGUGAAAAUGCCACCCCAUCCAGCGGCACAUCCCCAUUAGCCUCUUUAUAAGGAAGUCCCCCCGCCGCCCUAAAACCAUUAUCUCUUUUGAGUAGAUUAUCUUGUUGAAAGUCGUCGUUUAAGUGCAAAACGGAAGUAUUUUCUUUCUGUAUUACCGGUGAAAUGUUCAGGACAAAUGUAGAUUCGGUUAGCUUUUGCGUAUUUAUUUUUAGUACGUGAUACGUAAUGCCUUGUCACGACACGAAAGACAAUGCGGGAUUUAUACCCGAUUCUAGAACAAUCACAAUUACAAUAGUCGUCUCUUUUCUUUUUACGCAUCGUAUUUUACUGGAAUAACAAUCUUAGUUAUGUUUUAGCCUCGCAGACACAGCAGUAAAAAAAGGUAAAAAUAUUUAAAGAACAUAAAAGACCGACCCCUUGUUUAUUCAGCGAUUUUUCAAAAUACAAAACUAUCGUUUUGCGUCGCCGACCGUACUUCACGCCUGUCAGAGCAAAAGUAACAAUUUGUUUUCAAAAACUAACUAAUGAACAAUCGUAAUUUAAAGAAAAAAUUUCUAUGUUAUUAUGAAAAGCUGUUACUAUCGAAAACUGUGCAGCUUGCCACGUUCAUAGUCAAGGAUUAUGUUACAUGUGAAUUCACGUGAAACAACCUUUGAACAUCAACGCGUGUCCGCUGCCCGAUUUAACAUUUUCCUAAAGCUUUUUGAUAGACAUGCUACUUAUUGCUACUUACAAGUCGACCUCAAGAGUUUCUUAGCGAGCGGAGCGUUCUUUUUAAGCCGCGAAGCCACCGAGAGAGCUACGAUUUCGCAAGUAAUAAAUUCUAGACAUUCUUAGCUUUUUGACUGUAACUCAACAAGAAACCAACACCAGCAAGUCGCCCGGCUGGGCCACCUAGACAAUAUUUUCAGUCGCCCGAGGCCAAGUCUUGCGCCGUAUUAAGAGCACGGCCUUGAGUCUUCGUCCUCCUCUACACGGUGACCUUACUUUUCCCUCCUUUGCUGACGCAGUAUCUUUUUUCGGCUUGUGCAAUCCAGCCUGACUUGCACGUGCUUCGACGUUGCGGCCAAUAAAAAUCCAUACAAUUUUUCGGGACGGGCACGGGAUACGGGAAAGUUAAAAAAACAAGACAAUUUUUGACUCCCAAGACGACGAAAGGAAUGUGCUACCGAAUUUUAGACGCUGGCUGACUACGUCAUCCCGCGUAAUAAACUAGCAAUAAGAUAUGAUCAUUUUUGUAAGGGUAUGCUCUCUAUAGGACGGAAACCUCUCAAGGACGGACAACCGACACUUUUGAAACCAUCACCGGACAACUGAAAAAUUCUUUAGGCAGUGAAAAAUACCGCAAAACAGAAAUGCAGGUGCACUAGCUACAUGACAUUAUAAAUUGUAAUUAGGGUAAGUAAAUUAGAUACCCAAAUACAGCACGCGUCUUCUUACAGCUCCUAUCUUCUAAACGCCAAAUGAAGAUAACCUCUUCACCUAUAAAACAGCUAUGCUCUCGGUCUUUUAGCUGAACUGUUUGAGCCUUAUGGGAACUUCAGGUAGUGACAUCAAAAACAAACCAUUAUAACGACUUAUUUUCAUAUGAUUUAGUACUUACGGUAAUUAAUGUACAGUAGAGCCCCGGUAAUUCGAAUUCUGAAGGGGAACGAAAAACAGUUCGAGCUAACGAGGGUUCGAGUUAUCAGGGUCGAUUUAAAAAAUUAAGUUGCCAUGUUACAAUUACAUUUUUAAUCAAGGGAAAAGAAAAUUAGUUCGAGUUAGCAGGAAAUUCCGAGUUAUCCGAGUUCGAUCGCGAGUUAACCGUGUAAAUAUAAUUGGAAUUAGCGUUACUGUUGCUGUUCAGUAGACGCCGUGAACGUUGACAUGUAUAUGAACCACGUGUGAUUGUACAAUGAGAAAAUGAUUUCACCUUUCCAGUACAUUGUAGUUCCGUUUUUUUUAUUGUUUUGCACAAGUGUAACAGAUGUGAGUUUAGUGCGAAUAAGUUCAGCUUUAAUUUCUUGUAAUUACUGGCGCCACCUUACUUUGACUGUCUAUUAGCGCGACACCUCCCUUAAAUAGACGGAGAGUGGGGACGGGACCAGAAGGUAUCUGUCUUAGAAAGAAUUGACUGUAGUCUUAUAAUAAUAAUAAUAAUAAUAAUAAUAAUAAUAUUAUUAUUAUUAUUAUUAUAAUUAUUAUUACUAUUAUUAUUUUAUUAUUAUGGUCAUUGUCAUUAUCACUAUCAUUAUCGUUAUCGUUAUUAUUAUUAAAUUAUUAUUAUUAUUAUUAUUAUUAUUAUUUUCUUGUCAUUUUCUAGUAUUUUAUUAUUUAUUAAUAUUAAAUAAUAAUUUAUUACAAUUAUAAUAAUUGUUAUAUUUAUUAUUGUUUUGCAAAGUUGAUAAAAUGUCGUUAGCAUACAGAUUGAAACUUUCGGUUCAUAUGUGUUGCUAUUUUGCAGUUUGUCCUGUUCCGAUGAAUAAAGAAGAAGAGGAGUUUAUUAAAGAGCGGGAAAGAAACAGAGAGCUAAUGGAAGAAAUCACCAGAGAAAUUGAAAUGACGUGCCUAGGUAAGUUAAAAAAUAGAAAUUAAUGAGCUUAUUUAAAAACCUUGGAUGAGCAAGUCCUUUCGCGCGAAUUGCACGCCCUUUUGAAUAGUUUAACCCCCUGGGACAGUUGGGAGUGUUCUCUAUGGAACAGUGCAGAUUUUACAUUUCUAAAGCCACUUGCCGUUUUAGUUUAACCCAUUUAGUUUUUAUGCAGCAAAUUCACUAUCUACAGGUAGCCUUGUGACUCCUGAAGGAAAUAGCCCACCCUGCCCAGGAAAGGUUGGCCACACCAUCAGGGUUUACGUCCAAUACUCUGUCCAGUGUUGGUCCCGCCAAGGUUUGAACCCGCAACUUCCCACUCAGCAGACCGGCGCUCUUCUGACUGCUCUUAUCAGACACUGCUACCUUAUUAUCGAAAUCCUGACUAAUCUUGUGAGGGAUCUGAGAGUUAUAGACAAACAUAUUGGGCAAAAAUCCACCGCCAAUUUCGCUAUUCGCCACUCCUCUAAAUAAAAGCUAAAUCGCCGCAAUUCCGAAAGGCUAUAACUUGGACUAGAUAUGUAUAGAAUAAAAGAGCAAACAAGAAAGCUCCCAAAAACGUUUAUGCUAGUUUUUUUUUUCUAAAAACGCACAAAAUUUUUUUUUGGGGGUAAAAAUACAAUAUUAAUUUGUAGCAACCCCUUAUGGGAAAUUGUUAUUAAACGAAAACUUAGGGUGUGCUAAAUUGUGAUCAGUCUGUUACCAAACAUGAGACUUAAGGAAGGAACGUUAUUGGAAAAAUUGGGGGCUUAUAUUAAAUGGUUGUGGAUGACGAGAAAUUUUGCCCUUAAAUAAUGAAACUAUAAUUAUGCAAAUUCAAGUUAAUAACCCCUUUCAAUUCGAUCAAACUUUUUCAAUUCAUGGCGAAAAUUGAAAUUUAAGGUGCGUUUGAUUGCAUGGGAAAUCCGGAUUUGAGUUUAAAGUCUGGAUUUAGAUUUGGCAAUCAAACGCGAAAUGCAAAACGGAUUUCACCCUCACCCCCCGAGAAAUCUUUCACCAAAUCAUGACUUUAUGGGUGUCCUUUAUACCGUUGUAGUUGGAAAAGCGUGGACAAUGUUUUUUUUUCUGCUUGUUAUGCGUGCGCGUGCGAGACACCUGUUCUCUCAAAAACAGUUCAUAUCUUUUCUCGAAUCCCCGAUCUCCGCACCCCCCCUCCCCGCCCCCCUGCCUGAAAAAAAAUAUAAAUUAAAAAUUCAAAAAAUUCAAAAAAAGGAAGAAAGGAAAACCAAUGACAGGCUUAUCUGCGUUGAAAUCCGUUUUAAGAUUUCGUGUCGUUCGAUUCCAAUUUCAAAAAUCCAAGUCCAAAUUUCCCAAUCGAAUACGCCGUCCCUUCUAUCUUUAGAAGUUAGUGGUGAGUUUUCAUGGCAAUGGUUGCUUCUAGUCAGGUCUCUUAAGGUCAGGAUCGUUACAGAGCUGACAAAAGCACCAAACUUUGCACAGCGAUAGCUUAUUGCAGUACCAUGAAUAUUAGAGGGGGUGCCCAAUGCAAAUAUGUCACUGAAGCGUGCUAAACAGGAUUUAAUUAUUGUAAAUUUCACCUGCUGGGAUCCCUGUGGUGUUUUGAUUGAAAAUUGUUAUUUAAUACCUUAAAUCACUCUGAAUGCUAUUCCCAUGUUGCAAACAACAAUUUCACUCGAAUAUCUGGCAUUCCCAUCCAUUAUUAGCUUAUUGAUUGUAUAAUUAGGUUGAUUAUUACUGUGCCCUUAAAGCAAGUCCACAGUCCGCCCACGUUUUCAUAAGUCAUUUCUAAGAUGGCCUCGUAUUUGCUUCAUAACUUGCAAGUACUCAGCUUCUGGGGUUCUCUUCUCUUUUUCUAAUGUACUUCAAUUAGAGGAGGCCUUAUUCAGUGGCUUAAGUCUUAUUUAUCAAGUAUUACUUGGCAUUACAUGUCACUUAAAGCUAAAGAAAGCGAAUGGCAUAGCGAUUCACACACAAAAUUUCAGAAAAAAGAAAUUGUCAAAGAGUCUGUUGUACCACAUAUUAUCAGGGAUUUAUGACAGCUAUUCAUGAAGAGCAAAUAACGAAAUAACAACCCAAAAUGGUUCUUUCCUAGGGAAGUAAUUAAUUUUUCAGCUUAACAUAGGCCUGGAUGCCUUUCAGUCUCUCUUUAUCCAGUUAUCUGCUGGACGCAAGUGCAAGUUUUGACAGAGAAGCAAGCACCGUGGCACAAGUCAUAUCAUUUACAAUUCCCGCAGUUUGUCUAAGCUUUACAAAGCAAAAAGAAACAAAAAAGAAUCUGGUCUCAUAAACGAAAAAAAGAAACAAGUUAGCCGAAGCUUCAAAAAACAGCACAGUUUAUCAUGAAGCCUCUACAUUUGGCACUGAAGCACUCAUGUCCAAAAAUAAUAACAGCUUACCAAGUCGUAAAAGUGAGACUCAAGUGGUACAAGAUUGACUCAAAUGAUAAAUGGUGAAUGGUUUAACUCCUAACUUUUAGGGCCUGUUUAAAUGGAGGAGGGGGACCCCGGGUAGGCAUGGUAACCCACUUAGGUGGGGCAACCCGCCGACCCAUAUAAUCUCCCCUUUUCAUUUGAUCACGUUUACAUGAUAGGUGGGGUCACCCUUCAAGGUGGGUAGCCCGGUCUGCCACACCAGGUAACCCUCUCAGCUGAGGUCAAAUUUUGCCAUGUCAGCGUUUCAAGGUGAGGUAACCCAGGCUAGUCGGGGUCGGAUUCGUGACACAUCAAAUUCGCGCAAAAUUCACUUUGGCGCCGGUUGGCUUCACAUAAUUAUUAAAGGUAACAAUAGAAAGCCACAACACCGAAGGUUGCAGCAAGUGAGCGUAGACGUGGUUUGCCAGCAUUUUUCUUGUUUACGUGCUUAGCGACCAUUCAACAAUCUUGAGAAACUGCACCCCAGGAUGGCGGGGUUGUAAGAUUGCAUGUAAAGGGGGCUUAUUUUUUUACCCCACCUAAGCAGGUUACCUCACCUACCUGGGGUCCCCCUCCUUUAUGUUAACAGGCCUUAAGUCUCAGGAACCGUGAAACUGGUAAUAAACGGUAUAUCUAACCUGGGACUAGCUGUGAUACUACUUCCAUUUUCAAGAACGUCAGCAUAGCAGCCAAACGAGCCAUUAUAUCGGUGUAACACGAAUAUUAAUUUGCGGUUGUUUCAUGCGUCUCGUUUUGUGACUUUUUUUGUGUUCGUUUUUGUCAGCAUCUCUACAUAUCAAUCAUGUUCAAAACACCCCUACUAACAAAAUAUUUCGUAAAGCUCUUUAGAAUGAUAUUCAGCAAUAAAAACAAGGUGUGACCAGGAGCCGAUUUCUAGGCUCCUGGUGUGGCAACAUAGGCAUCAUUGAAUGCAAAGUUUUGCACUAUGUAAUCUGUCAGAAAUCUGUUUGAGUGGUCAAAGUUGGGACUGAUGGGCUUCUUUAUCAUGACCACUCCAUUAUUAUAAGAGACCAGGCCAUAAUUAUUGUUGACCCUUGCUUUUUUUGGUAUUUUCUGUAAUCUUCCACAGCAUUAUUUUGUGAAAAGCUGGUAACUGAAUUGCUCUUUAGGAAUUCAUGAUCGUAAGAUUUCGUAACCACGGGGUAUUCGCCUAAUUGCAUCAAACACAUUACAUUCAUUUUCAUAAAUGAUGCAUCACUGGUUGGCUAAAAGAGGCCUUGUUCCUGUAAAUUUCAGCUCUUCUGAAGUUAGUUUAUUUGUAAAUUUGUAACGCACGCGACGACCUUCCUUUGUUUUGAAAGAUCGUAUAGACCUACCACUAACACUCUAGUCCAAGGGCUCUGAAGUGAAUGAGCCGCUUACAGGUGUCUAGGCAUGCAGGGACCUCAUACACUUCUUUUUAAAUGCAAAUGUGUAAAAAACAAACCGUGUUAAAAAUUCCUGGAGAGGCAUGUUUUACAACCUCGUCCCAAGGGCUUAAUAAAAAGGUAGAAAAAACUUGAGGUCAACGGUGCGCUCCUUUUACCCCCCCUCUCUCCAUUAAUUUUCCGUUUUAAGGGUAUUUAGAGCUAGUCAAAGCUACACAGAAAGGAGAGAAGUUGAAAUAAGGAUGUGUUGACACCGGGGAUCGAACUCGGGACCUCGCACACCGAAGGCUGCGCACUAACCAACUGUGCCACCCUUGCUCCUCCUUUUCCUCCUGAGGACGAGUUUGACAUGUUUUAAUCAUUAUCUCAAGGACAGGGUUACCAACGAAGCAAAUUAUAAUCUAUUCUUAGCUGCACAAUUACAAAGUUGGCGUGUUGUCAGUUACGGUUCAUGAGGUCGAUCAUGUGGCAUGUCAAACUUUCACGAUUCUGUCGUUUAGGAUGUGAUACAUUUGAGUUUUAUGUUAUUGUGUUACAUCUUUGAAAGCUGGCUUUGUGAUUUGUUUAAAUUGAUAUGUAAUGAUAUUAUCACUGGCAAGUCUUAGCAGUGACACUGAUAACGGCACAGGCCGCACAGUGAACAUGGCCACAUUUACCGUGGAGACUAGGCACUAGUCAGUAUUAUGUACAUGUAAAACUAUUUUGAGUAGUGUAACAAGAACUAAACAUUACCAAAUUAAAAACUUAAAAAUUUGAAACAAAAGUUUUUUUAGCCAAAUCAAACAAGAAGAGUACUCACCACAGGGCACCCAAUCCGCUAUUAUAGGUGAAAGUUAACCCCCCCUUUUAUCUGUAAUUAGGACCAUUUGUAACGGGCACCCCCUCCAGUAUUAAUCGGUAGGUGCUAAGGAAGCUCUGUGCCAAAUUUGACACUUUUGUCACGUCUGUAACGAUCCGGCCUAUAUUUUGCACUAAGAGACCUGACUAUUCUGAGUCUUUAUACUUUGACCAAUUUUUUAUGUUAAAUUUUUCUUAGCCCAUUCCCCCAUAAAACCCCCAAUUUUCUAGUUGAUGUUCAAGUUUCAUGUCUGAACACAGACUGAUUACAAUUUAGCACACCCUUAGAUUUACAUUUUAGAUUUACAUUUUUUGGUUCUUGGCUCAAGAACUAUUUCGGAUGCUUGCAAACAGGAAGAAAGAUUUUUUCAUCUCUCGCAAAACGUGAAUAAAAGCAAAACUUAGCUAUGAAAGUGACACUUACCGACUUUAGUAACAGCUGAGCUCAGACUAAACGUUCAGGGCGUAAACGAAAAAGAAGUAAUUAUACCGCUCGUGGCACGAAAAAUUAUCCCGCGCUGACUGACUUGUUUGGAGUAUUGAUACCAACGGUUCCUCAAUAAAUUUUAAUCAGGAAAUCAUGAUAUCAGUCGUUUGUGCCAACAGGAGAAAAACGUUUAAGUCAAGGAAUUCUUAUAACUAACUUUUACUCCCUGAUUUGUAGACGAGUGUAAAGCAGGACUACAUAACUGCCACGAUAAUGCAUACUGCACCAACACCAAGCGUUCCUUCACGUGUACUUGCAAAACAGGAUAUACUGGGGAUGGUGUCAACUGUGCAGGUAACAUAACAUGGAGCUGAAACGAACAGGAUUUUAUCUUAAGUCAUAUGCUAUUCCAUGCCAAAAAUAAUACAGCCAAAUUGAAAGGUAGAAACCUGUUUUCAUAUUCAGUCAGUGUUAUGUCACAGAUUGUAUCUACGACAAGGGUUUUGGCCUUGGUACGUGUAAAGUUGUGGCCUCCAAUUUUUCCCACAGAAAUCAAUAGCAACGGAAAUAAUUUUAACCGCCAAAAAAGUAUAUUUAAAGCCAACGCUGCAAUAUAUGUAUGUUAAUAUAUCAAAAAGGCAACAUUUGUAUUCCUGCUUUCACAAAAGUAAUAAUAAUAACUGCUACAACUUAACUGGUCGAGCUCGAACUGUAUCCCCAAUAAAGCACACAGGCUUAGUGCCAGUUAGGCUGGGGAAACAAAAAGUGUGACCAACAUAUGUCUGGGACAGGAGACACCGAGCUCAAAGGCUUAGAAACAGAAAAAACUUGGGAUCAUCUUUGAUAUAACGAGAUCAUCUUCACUAAUAUACUUAACAAAACACGAAGGCCAAUAGCCAGCUAGGCUGUUAGAAACGGUUAGGUCGCAGCAUUUGAGGUAAACAGGUGUUUAUUACGAUUUUGGCUGGGGGUCUGUAGCAUUGCCAAUUCAGGACUGCGUCAAUCAUUGACUUUGUCGCCACUUAAGGUGGCCCGAACCUAUUUAUAUGCGGGUUGGUUAGGUUUUGAAAUCGCGUUUUUCGGCAGCAAAAAUUUAACCGAUUUGAUGUUUUUUGGCAUCCUUAAUAAAGAAUGGUCGAACUUUAAGAAACUGUUAUUUAUUUUCUUGUAGGUAUAAAAACCUUUGAGAUAUCGGCAUGCGUUUAUAUUAAAAACCGCAUUUUUUUUAACUUCAGCAAAUAAGCCUCAGGAGAUCCCUAGUUUUAUAUCUGCAAUUUUGAAGUCUAUCGUGACCGUAGAACUCGCUGCACAAAUACCUGGUCAAAUUUAAUCUUACAAUGCAACGCUAACACAUUUGUGAAAGUUGAUGCACAAAUAGAGGAAAGCUGCCGACGGACCAUCUCCUAUCUGCAAUGACAUUGCUGCAAGAAACUGAGUAAUCAGAAACCUACGGCGAAUACAGUUUUAAACAUAUGCCGAUAUCUCAAAGGUUUUUAUACCUAGAAGAAAAUAAAUAACAGUUUCUGAAAGUUCGACCAUUCUUUAUUUUCAAAAGAUGCCAAAAAUCAUAGAAAUGGGUUAAAUCUUUCCUGCCAAAAAACACGAUUCAAAACAUAACCAAGACUCAUAUAAAUAGGUUCGGGCCACCUUAAGAGCGGUCCCGGAACAGCUGUUCUAAGCAUACAUUGACAAUAAAUACAUAAGACAUUAGGAACGGGUGAAAAACGGCGCUAACCGUACAAAAAAAAUUAUACAAUUUAAAAACCUGACAGAACUGAGCUGUCAACAGAAAUAAAUGCGGUCAGACAGAGGCCAGAAAAGAAAGCCUGCCCAAAAGUCCACGAAGGGAAAUAGUGCGGGCGGGAAAUCUGGAAAAGAACCAAGCCUCAAGCUCAAAGACGUUUCUACGGGACUUUACAAGUUAGUCGAAAUAGGCCGCUCCUAAAAUAAGAAAACCAAAGAAAGGUUGUUUCAGAAACCGAGAUGACGUACACGCGAUAUUUAUACUUAGCCUUUUAUACUCCCGGUGUGGAAAAGACAAGACAAGACAAGAACUUUAUUUAUACCACACAGAAAAAAAAGACAUUAGCAAAAGACAAUACUACUUAUGUAAGGUACAAGAGUCCUUUAGCUAAAAAGCUAAUCUAGCUAGGAGGUAUUAUAGAUUAAUUAAGAAUAUUUAAGAGGUUCUUUCAUGGAGGCACAAGUAGAAAAAAAUGUAAAAAAAAAAAACAAACAAACAAACAAUUAAACAAAGAAAGAAAAGAAAAAAACUCAUAUGUGCAGAAUUGAAUCACUGAAAAAUUGAGGAACUGGAGAAAAUAUUGGAAAAGAAAGAACUUAAUGUGAACUAGCUGUAGCCCCUAGCCUAACAUCCAGGUUCUGUGGUAUUUCGUGCUGUCGAAAUCAGGUUAUUUCUUAUUCUUAGCGGGAUCAUUCGUCAUAAAUAACAUAACUUGCCACAUUUAAAACUUUGAAUAAUCAUUUGUAACUGAUUUUUAUCUGUCAUUUUACCGUUGUUAUAAGGCCAUCAAAAGCGCUGCUCGCAGUUACUAUUUAUAAACCCGAAACUCAGACAAACAAACUGAAAUUAACAUCACCGAAUUCCUCACUGUCAUUAAAAUGUCAUCUUUGCCUUUCUUUUGUCAUAAAAAAAAAUUAGUGAGAAAAAUGACAAAACUCAGACAAAAACUGCAAAUUAGUCACUCUGAAGUCAUUCGCGCGCUAUGCUAUUGAAUUAGUGUUCCUUGUAAUUGCUUUAUUUUAGAAACUGAUUUAUUCAUUCGUGGACUACCAGUCUCGAAAGC